GACCAAGCGCUGCGCAUGCGCGUCCCUUUCACCCUACAUCCAUUCAAUUCGGGGUCCGUGAUCGGGAAUUCCUGGAUGGUUACAGACAUGGAUGGAGGUACUAGGAUCAGGACUAACUGCGCAAAACUGGAGCCAGAGGCACAUCAAAUGAUGCUGAAAAAUGGGAAUAACAGACAUAGCCAUGUUCCGGAGAGAGUGACACUUAAAAAGGAAAUCGGAUUACUCAGCGCGUGCGCUAUUAUAAUUGGUAACAUCAUCGGCUCUGGCAUCUUUAUCUCUCCAAAAGGGGUCCUGGAACAUGCCGGGUCUGUGGGACUGGCGCUCCUGGUGUGGAUGGCUGGCGGGGGCAUCUCUGCCCUGGGCUCCCUCUGCUACGCCGAGCUGGGAGUCACUAUUCCCAAGUCAGGUGGAGACUAUUCCUAUGUCACAGAGAUAUUCGGAGGCUUGGUGGGGUUCCUCCUGCUGUGGAGUGCAGUCCUCAUCAUGUACCCCACCACACUGGCGGUCAUUGCCCUCACCUUCUCCAACUACGUCCUGCAGCCUGUGUUUCCCAACUGCAUGCCGCCGUACAUGGCAACCCGCAUGCUGUCCACGGCCUGCCUGUUGCUUCUGACCUGGGUGAACUGCUCCAGUGUUCGCUGGGCCACCAGGAUCCAGGAUGUCUUCACUGUGGGGAAGCUGCUGGCGCUGGGACUGAUCAUUGUGGUGGGACUGGUGCAGAUACUCCAAGGUCACUACGAGGGACUGCGACCACAGGUGGCAUUCGAGUUCUCCAGGACACCGUCAGUGGGCCAGGUGGCGCUGGCCUUCCUGCAGGCCUCCUUCGCCUUCAGUGGCUGGAACUUCCUGAACUAUGUAACCGAGGAAGUGGUGGAUCCACGCCGGAAUCUCCCUCGUGCCAUUUACAUCUCCAUUCCACUGGUGACCUUUGUAUACACCCUCACCAACAUCGCCUACUUCUCCUCCAUGUCCCCAGAAGAGCUACUGGCCUCUAACGCUGUGGCUGUGACCUUCGGAGAGAAGCUCCUGGGGAUGUUCUCCUCCAUAAUUCCCAUCUCCGUGGCCAUGUCCACCUUCGGGGGAAUCAAUGGGUACCUCUUCACCUCCUCCAGGCUCUGCUUCUCAGGGGCCAGGGAGGGGCAUCUUCCCAGUCUGCUGGCCAUGAUUCAUUUCAGGAGCUGCUCCCCCAUACCUGCCCUCCUGGUCUGUUGUGCAGCCACCAUUGUGAUCCUUUGCAUUGGAGAGACACACAACCUGAUCAACUAUGUAUCCUUCAUCAACUACCUCUCCUACGGGGUCACCGUGGCUGGUCUGCUUUACUACCGCUGGAAGAAGCCAAAGCUUCUGCGUCCCAUCAAGGUGAACCUGCUGGUGCCCCUGGGCUACCUGCUCUUCUGGGCAUUCCUGCUGGUGUUCAGCCUGUACUCAGAGCCGAUGGUCUGCGGUGUGGGCCUGCUCAUAAUGCUCACCGGCGUGCCGGUGUACUUCCUGGGCGUGCACUGGAAGGACAAGCCAGACUGUGUCUACAGCUUCAUCGAGGCAGUGACCUAUGUGGGACAGAAGCUCUGCUUCGUGGUCUUUCCGCAGAUGGACCCUGCCGAGGGGCCGCGCCCCGCAGAAUGGAUGUCCGAGAAAUCCGAGUUGUGAGCAUGGCGUUCACCCUCUGCUUAUCUAAUUCAUCUGCUCCGUCCCACUAAAGUCUGGUUCCACUGAAGAACCAGAGCCGGGAAACAACUGCUAGAGGCCACGUCGUUGUGUCAUUUUUGUUGGCAUGUUUUACCUAUUGUCAUUUUUUUACCCAUAAACAACAACAACAUAAUUCUGAUUAAAUUUCCUGAUUAAACUAAGGGAAUGUUACUUCAGAUACUGGCAAGAUAUCUCUGAAUUUAUCUAAGAAUUACUAUCUUACUUUGCUUUACAGGAAAAAU